CCGCUAACAGUCCACGGAGAGCCCAUCACUGGCCAACCCACCGUCUGUCCCCUCAUGCCCGGACUCUCCCGCUAUCGUGAUGAGGUUGGAUCGUGACUGCAUGGCGAUCGGACGGAGCUGAAGGCACAGAAGUCAAGAUGGAGACCGUAGAGCAGCUGGUGUCUUUCCAACACAUCCAUGUGCAGCUGAACGGAGGCGCUCCAUGGGGAUUCACUCUAAAAGGAGGACUAGAGCACGGCGAACCACUCAUCAUCACUAAAAUAGAAGAGGGAGGAAAAGCAGCUCAGUGUAAAAAGUUGAGAGUGGGGGAUGAACUGGUGAACAUCAACGGCUCUGCUCUCUACGGCUCACGGCAAGAAGCUCUCAUUCUCAUCAAAGGUUCCUACAGGGUUCUGAAGAUCAUCGUCCGAAGGCGCAGUGUGCCAGUGAUCCGCCCUCACUCUUGGCACCUGGCAAAGCUGACAGAGGCACCUUGCACUACGGGCACUGGUGAUCCAUCCGAUGGCCCCCCGGCUAUGCAGCUUCACUUCACACCUCUCAGUGUACCGUGGCACUCCGGAGGUGACAAUAGUGAGCUGUCCAUGCAGUGGGGCCAUAUCUCCAGGCACUACAGCACAGACCGCAGCAGCUCAAUAGGGAGUAUGGAGAGUCUGGAGAAUCCUCCUAACCAGGGAUACUAUGACAGUCAGCUCUCUCCCAUUGAUCCUGUCAUCUUCAACAACAAACGUGACUCUGCUUACAGCUCGUUCUCAGCCAGCUCGAACACAUCUGAUUACACAGUUUCUGUCAAACCUGAGGAGACCAACUCCAUGGACAGUCUUCUUCAGGGUUUGGGUUCUUCCUGCAGGUAUCCAGACAGAGGUCAACACUCCGCCCCCACUGGCCAUGGAAGCCAGCAGGAAGAACAAGAACACUCCAAGGUACUGUCUGGCAGAUCCGAGGUCAAAGUCCGACCAUCGUCCUACAGUUGUGAGGAGGAAAACUGUGCACCGCCACAGCCACCCAUGAGGAGGGAGAGUUUUAGAGCUACUAGAAGCCAAGCAACAGAUAAACGCUGUGUGUCUGCUCCUGUAGGCAUUCCAAAUGUAAGCAGUUGCAUGGUUGAAGAUCAAUCUCAAAUCCCGGAUGUUUUGACUGGCAGAGUUUAUUUGAAUGGAAUACAAGACAGUGAGCCAGAGCGUAAAGGGUGCAGCAUUCAACCUUAUUAUACCUUGAACUCAGACUUAGGUGGAGAUGGCAAAGCAACUGACCAUGAAAAAGAACACUUGGAGGAUUAUUCAAAAUCUGUGGCAGUAGCAUCUUCACCUCCUCUGAGUACCUUUUCACAAAGGAAUAGGGAUGAGAACUUUGAUACCAAUCUCCGACCUGAACAUGAUCUCCAGUCAGCAGUGAACCGACAUAGUGCGCCUGAGAAACUUCUAGCUGCUCAGUUGUGUAUGAUGGAUGUUUCUGCUGACAAAAGUGAUCAUUGUGCAUCUCCAACUUGCCAAUGGUCGCAGUCUCCUCUUUAUCUGAGUGAUUCUAGUCAAAAUACUGAGCAGGGCAAGUGGGGAAUGAGCAGAUGCUCCACACCUGGUUCGGUCGCAACUUCGGAAGUCGAAGACCCCAGACUAGAGGAGGAAUCUGUUGAUGGACAGAAUCCAUGGGGGCAUCCUAUCAGUUUGUCUGGGAGUCCCAUGGGAAAUGGAUUCUCUCAGAGCAGUGAGAACAAUGGAGGAGAAGUAAGGCUGGAUGAUGGCCUUGGCUCAAAGCAGCCACAGAAACGUCAGUUUCGUUGCUCCAAGUCUCGUCGCAGAAGUGAACGUUUUGCCACGAACCUCAGAAAUGAGAUCCAGAGGAAGAAAGCACAGUUGCAGAAGAGUAGAAACCCUUGCGGGGAGGAGACAGUGGAAGAAGAGGUUGGAGAUUUCAACACUGAGGCUGUAGCUCCUCCAGAAUACCAUCAGCACAAACCCCAAAUCUUACCAAAACCUCCCACCAAUGCUGUACCUGUUCAAAUAUCUAAACCGGCACCUCCGAAAGUUUUUGAUGCCACACAAACUGAAGAAUAUUCCAGUGCCAGGGUUGUGUGCUUCCAGACGUCUCAGACUCAAACUCAAAUCCCUCAACAUGUCAGACAAGUGUGUGUACAUGUGGUGGAGGAGGUAGCACCUGCAGGCAAACCACGUCGGUGGCGUUGGACACCAGAACGCAAACUUGAACUAGAAAAUGAAACAUCUGAAAUUAAGAGAAAUGAGACUAUCGGGCAGAUGUGGUCUGGAAAAAUGGGAUCAACAAGAGGGAGGACGAGUUCGUCCAGUGGUCGUUUAGGUCGAUCGGAUGACUGUGACAUCCUUCCCUUUGCAGAUCGCAGAAGGUUUUUUGAGGAGACUAGCAGAAAGUUGAGCCAGUCUGUAACAAAUUUAUCAAACCUGACAAGUCGGAGUCAGAGACUAGACAAGCCGGGCAGAAUGAACCAUCCAUCAUCACCUGAACCUCAUGAGAUUGCUGCUCACUUGGGCCGGAGGAGAUUCUCAUAUCAAGAUGUGCCCUACAUCAACUCACUGGACAAUGGGAGACAGUUAAUGAGUAACCAACAAGACCAAGAGGAAAUGAGGCAGAGGCUGAUCGAGAGAGAGCGGGAGAAGGAAAGAGAGCAGGAGAGACUUAAGGACCAAGAGAAGCUUAGAGAACAAGAAAGAGAAAAGGAGAGGUUAAGGAAAGAGAGGGAAAAUGAGCAACAAAGGCUAAAGGAUUGGGAGGAAAGGCAGAGGCUGCUACAGAGAGAACAAGAAUGGGAGUCUGUGAGAGAAACUGUUCGCUCUGAACACAAUACAAGCAGUGACACAGUUCCUCACACUUUAUCUCAUGACGUCUAUCGGAAGCAGCCGCCUAGUCCUCAGAUUCCUUCCUCUCUGCAGUUGUCUGAACCUUUCUAUAACAGCACUACCACCAACAUCCAAAAACCUUGCUCAGCGUUCCACCCAGUGACCACCCAGCACAACCGGUUUGAUGGCUACCAAGUAAAUCCACCCUACAAGCCCAGGAACUACACCCCAGAUGAGGCCCAGUAUGUUCGGGAACAGGAAAAAACAAGAAAAAUCAACAGAAACUUCAGUUUAACAGAGAGGGACUACCCAAGGUGCAGGAGAGACUCCAAGACAGUAGAUGGUGCUAAUGUUCCCAGCUUCGUGCGUACAGGAGGCAACAGCAUCACAAGUGGGCGCAAUGAGGAGCAUCUUUUUACCCCUCUUAGAAAUCGUGCCAUGUCAGAGAACAACCUGUGUGUGGAGACGCAACAAUUUCAAAAUCACAGCUCCAGCUCUGGCGUCAGCAGAAUGCGCUCGUCCACUCUUAGCGACCUGGAUGAGAAUGCAGUAAGUGUCGGGGAGGUAAAAAAGAAAAAAGGGCCUCCGCCUCCUCGUCCACCACCACCAAAAUGGGAUCAGUUCCACAAGAGACGGACGUCCCAUCACAGCCUGUUCUCGUCCACUCCACACUACUCUUCUCCAUCUGCUUCUCCACCUCGACCACAGACGUGCACAUCACGACCCCCUAGUGUCACUGAAAUGAGCCGUCAGCGCUCUUACAGUCUUCCUCCAAGAGACAUGUCCGAGAGUCUUCACUGCUGCGGUCAGGAGUACUCUGUCGCUCCCUCCAGUCCUGCUUUUACACGUCGAGCUUUUAAGCCUGUAGCCCUGCCGCCACAAGAGAGAGACUACGACACAAGGAGAGAAAUUCACCAGCCUGUGCCACAGCCUGAAUCAUGCACAAGAAUACCCAUCCACCCUGCUGCAGCACCUGAAGCGCCCAGAGUCACACACCUGAAGCCCAGGUUCCCCGAUCAUGGAGUGGAGUGGGAUGGAUCCAGCCCUCACUACACCACACAGGGCACAAGCAGGACUCCUGAAGUGCCCUCAAACAGUUUCUCAGCUGGGCCUUUAUGUCCAGAGUCCUACUUCUCCAUGAACAACUUCCAACUGCAGCCCCAGCAAGCAGGCUUCCCCGUAGCAGCCCACAAAACCCACAUCAUCCCCUCUCAGGGUCCCGAAGAUGGAGACCCGCCUCUGGAGACGGACAUCGAUGAGAUCUGUGAGAAUGAGCAGGCUGAGAGGAAGGAGACGGAGGACCGGAUGGAGAUGCAGGGCUUUGCUCGACCUGUGAUGGUGCUGGAAACCGACAUUGACCACACGCCUGAGGAAGCGGCUCCAUCGGCUAGAAGCAUUAGAGGGCCGAGGGGCUCCCUGGUGGACUCCAUUCUGGACGAUGAGUACGGUGUGUCUAGGAAGGAGCUGAUUGGAGAGUUGUUUCCACACAGUGUGAAUGCUGAGAUGAGUGGGGACGGCUGGAGAGGGGGAUAUCCCAUCAGCGGAGGAACACUGGAGAGAGCCUCCAGACUGAAUACAUCUACAACGCCUCAAGUAUCACGAUCGACCUGUUAUGACAUGUCAACGGACAACCCACUACUUCUUGCCAAGUUCAGAGAGAUCUCAGAGAGGAAAGAGGAGGAUGAGGAGCUCAAUUAUAAGAAGCAGCUAAUGGAGAGUUUGCGUAAAAAGCUAACUGUGCUGCGUGAGGCACAGAGGGGUCUGCAGGAGGACAUUCGGGCCAACGCUCAGCUGGGAGAGGAGGUGGAGAGUCUGGUGCUGGCCAUCUGCAAGCCCAACGAGGUGGACAAGUAUCGGAUGUUCAUCGGUGACCUAGACAAGGUGACCAGUCUGCUGCUGUCGCUUUCCGGAAGGCUAAUCCGAGUGGAAAGUGCCCUGGACUGUGUGGACCCAGAAACUGGACACCAGGAGAGGCUGCAGCUCCUGGAGAAGAAGAAGCAGCUGUUGGUUCAGAUGGGAGAGGCACAGGAGCUGAAGGAGCAUGUGGACCGGCGCGAGCAGGCUGUCUGCAGAGUGCUGGGAUGCUGCCUGACCCCAGAACAGAUGCGGGACUACGGUCACUUUGUGAAGAUGAAGGCAGCGCUACUGGUAGAGCAGAGGCAACUGGAUGACAAGAUCCGGCUCGGCGAGGAGCAGCUCAGGGGACUUCGAGAGAGCCUCGGCCUAGGUUUUGGAAUGGGGUAUGGCCAUUACUGAGGAGUGCUUUAAAUAAUACAUGAGUGGGACCAAAAGGAUUUUGUACUGCAGUAUGCUUCCAAGAAUGGACAUGACAAUGACACAACAGUUGAACGCAGAAAAGCACUGCAGGUGUUCAGUUUCAAAACACUACAUCCCUACUUGAAGUUGUUUGUUCGUUCUUCAGCCGCACUUGUAUCCAUUCAUUUUGUCGCGCUUGCUCGAUUAACCUCAGUCACCGCCAAAGAACGCAUGUGUGCGUAUACUUCUCGUUAAAUACAGCAGGGGGAGUGUCCAUGCACUGCUAUUUAUUUAUUUAUGUGUGUGUGUAUAUAUUCAUGCAUACAAUAUGUAAUUCUCUCUGUCAGUACACUUCAGAAUCCUGCAUAUUGCUUUAACGGUCAUUUACAUUCUUAUGCUGCAUGCAUCCUAUUGGCAUUUUUCUUGCAUUUGAUGUGUUUAAUUUUCUGAGAGAUGUGGAUGUACAUAAUAAACGUGUACAUAGAGGAUGCUACAGUGCACCUUUUAGUCGCAGAAGUUUCAUUCUGUCGUAACUGGAACUUUUUUGAAAGAAGCAUUGCAUCAAGAGGUGCCUAUUUUUGUGAGACAUCACAAUCAGUGUGCCUUACAGUACUUGCUACACUCUUCUGGGAUGAAUAUUAUUGCCAAAGAUAACAUUUAUGUCCAUCCAAGUAAGAAUAUAAAUGUUUCUGUGCCUGUCUUGGGAAGUGGCCUGCAUAAAUGUCUUAAGGAAGACCAGCCUUGCCUUAACCAAAGCUCUUAUAUAGACGUGUGCUUUGAAUAAGUUUAUACUUAAAAGAGAUGCACUGUUUAACUUUGUGUAUCAUAUCACGAGCUAACAUGGCAACUUUUGAGGCAAUUGCUACUAGAUUUCUUUUCCUUUGUGAGAAAGUGGACGUUUCUCUUGAGGUAAGGAGAAUGCUGCUUCAGUGACCAUUUACUGCCUUAAAAGGUUUUUUUCCGUUUUGCUAAAACAAAUUGAGUUGAUUGAUGAUGAUGAUGAUGGAGAAACUAGAUUUGUAUUUGAAGGGUUUGCUGUAUAGAAAGGAAUGAAUGUAUGUAUUUGGUUUAAGAUCGAGAAGGCUUAUGUGCCUUUGUGCUUAUUUUUGCCCUUUUAAAUUUGGCUUCACUUUGUAUAAACGUUAUAGUUUGUAUACUAUAAGCGGAUCUUGUUCAUUUGUUGUAUCAUACAUUGUAAACAUCUUAGUUUUGGAGAUGAGAGGAUUGGAAAUAUUUGGUCUCCAAAAUUGUCCUAAUUUUGUGAUCGAAAGGAGUCAUUGUAAAACGUACAAAUAAAAAAAAAACAAUAUCUUA